AUGGCUCGGGUAACGAGCAGUCUGCUGCAGUUUCCCGAGGUGACUGUUCAGGCACUUGGGGAAGAUGAGACAACCCUAGAUACUGUGCUGAGCGGGAAGUUUUCUGGAGGGAGCCAUGGCCUGGCGUGGCAGGCGUGUGGUCCUCAACUCGAGGCGGUGAGCUCUGUGACAGGAGCGCGGCUCUCUGCGUACCGUUUCCAGGGAGCAAAUAAACAGCCUCCCACUGUGCGUGUGGUAAAGGAGUUUUCCUGGCAGAAGAGAACUGGGCUGCUGGUUGGCUUGGAAGAAGCAGAGGGAAGCGUUCUCUGUCUGUACGACCUUGGAAUAUCAAGAGUGGUUAAAGGCGUGGCUCUUCCAGGAAGGGUAACUGCUGUAGAGCUCAUAACUAAUCACGGAGGCAUCACCAGUGCGAGCGCUCGGCACCUACAUCCGAGCCUGCAAUGGCUCUUUGGCGUGGCAGCAGUGGCUACAGAUGUUGGCCACCUACUUCUGGUUGACCUUUGCUUGGAUAAUUUAUCUUGCAGUCAGAAUGAAAGAGAAGCAUCGGAUCUGGAAGUUGCCAGUGGAAUUCCUGUGGGAGUUCCAAAGAGAAGAAAAACUGUGGCCAGAGAAGGGAGACAUCUCUGUUUUCAAUUACAAAAUCCUUCGGGAACAGCAGUAUCAACCCUGAGCUACAUAAGCAGAAGCAAUCAUCUCGUCGUGGGUUUUUCCGAUGGCUACCUGUCACUGUGGAACAUGAAAACGUUGAAGAGGGAGGACCACUCUCAGCUUGCAGGAGGAAGGAUUCCUGUCUAUGCUGUCACUUUUCAAGAGCCUGAAAAGGAUCCUCGCAACUGUUGCUACUUGUGGGCUGUUCAGUCUACCCAAGAAAAUGAAGGUGACGCUGUGAGUUUACAUCUGUUGCAGUUACUAUUUCAUGAGAGAAAACGCCUGGCAUCAGGACAGGUCAUGUACGAGGGUUUGGAAUACUGUGACGAAAGGUUCAGUUUAGAUCUCACGUGUGGAGUCUUUCCCUGGAGAGGGCCGACCGGCAAUACCAAAUUUCUGAGCUGCCAGACUGUAGAAAAAUUUCCCAAGCCGGUUGACGGAGAGGAUAGCGUUAAUGAAGUAAUAUCUCCUGAGACCAGUGUAUCAGUCUUCAGCUGGCAAGUGAAUACGUAUGGUGAGGGAAAGCCAUCUACUUACUUGGGUGUAUUUGACAUUAACCGCUGGUAUCACGCUCAAAUGCCAGAUUCACUGAGGCCGGAAGAACUCCUUCACGACUGCCCCUAUUUUGCGCUGUGGUCACUGGAUACUGGACUAAGUAUGACUUCUCCAAGCCUCGUUUUGGAUAUUCGAGUACGUGAGCAGAGUCUCUGUCGCGGAGUGCCUCCUUCCUAUCCACCACCUGAUCAGUUUUUUAAUCCAAGCUCCUAUAAUUUUGAUGGUACGUGCUUGCUGAACUCCGGAGUUGUCCAUAUGACUUGCACCAGCUUCCAGAAGGAGAAUGAUCGCCAUCCUCGCUUCAGAGAGGGGGCAUGUGCCAGAAAGUCUGAAUUACGCCCAUAUCGGAAGAUCCUUCCUAGAGUUCAAAGGCAGCUGGCUGCAGAGAGAGCCAGGCCUUACCAUUUGCCUUCGUCGGCCUUAAGAGGAGUUGCGAGACCAAAGCCAGUAUCAAGAGCAAGAAAACCAGCCAAUUCAGGAUAUCUGGAUAUCAUAGCAACUUUCAUGAGUAAUGUGUUAUCCAGAAUUGGAGCAGCAUGGGCAGGAAAUGAGCAGAAAACCUUUUCCUCACGAUAUGAUAGUGCUAGAGUUGCAGAGCCACCAGCCGUACCUCGUCCUCUCCCUGAGGCAGAGUUGCGCAGUGCGGUUGUUGGGACACUGGUCACAAGAUUUUCACAAAAAUCUUCCAGGUUGCUGGGUUUGGUGGAUCGUCCUGUCCCUUCAUGUUCUGCAGCACAGGGUGGUAGCUGGCAGUCACCAUUGUUACAAAAGAAUUCUUCAAGAGCACCAGAGUUCAAUUUGCUACAGACUCCUCUUGUGGUUAAGAAAGCUGAAGUUUUGGCCACAUCUGCUUCUGGUUUUCCCGGCUUUACUCCUCAGUCUAUUCUCAGAUCCAGCGUUCGCAGCACACCCCAGGCAACUCCCUCUGCGUUUCCAGGAGAAUCAGUUACUCCUCCUCCCAGAGCAAACAAACACAGAGUGUCUUUCAAGGAAGGGAACUCAGAUGAGAAAUGGACUGUUGGGAAUGAUCGCCAUCCUCGCUUCAGAGAGGGGGCAUGUGCCAGAAAGUCUGAAUUACGCCCAUAUCGGAAGAUCCUUCCUAGAGUUCAAAGGCAGCUGGCUGCAGAGAGAGCCAGGCCUUACCAUUUGCCUUCGUCGGCCUUAAGAGGAGUUGCGAGACCAAAGCCAGUAUCAAGAGCAAGAAAACCAGCCAAUUCAGGAUAUCUGGAUAUCAUAGCAACUUUCAUGAGUAAUGUGUUAUCCAGAAUUGGAGCAGCAUGGGCAGGAAAUGAGCAGAAAACCUUUUCCUCACGAUAUGAUAGUGCUAGAGUUGCAGAGCCACCAGCCGUACCUCGUCCUCUCCCUGAGGCAGAGUUGCAGUGUGGUUUUUGGGACACUAGGGACACAAAUAUCAGUAUAUGUUGGGGGGGUUUUUUGUCUUCCCUUUACAAAAACCACCUGCAUGUUAUUGACUGUGAGGUUUUGUUGGCUUUUUUUUUUGUAUUUUAAUAAAGGUAACCAACGAUGAUAUAGCACUGCCUGGGGAUUCAUGGGAGCAUCAUCAUGGAAUGGCGGAGGAUGCAUCGUCUGAGACUAGAGAUAAGGCAACUGUGCUUACUCUGAGCAAUCCUGAGGAGGAUCGUGCUGAAGUGGAAGCGUUUUCAAAAAGCAUACCUGGAGAUGGUUUGGAGAAAAUGGAUGUCAGCAAAGAAAACAGCAACUUCUCUGCCCGUUCAGACCAAACUACUUUGGAGUAUCACGAUGCAAAAUCACCUGGCGGUUUUUCAUCUGUUCCCAUGUGCCGAAUCGCAAAUAGCUUAGCUGUUGAUUUCUGGUGGCGAAAAAACAAGCUACAGGCAGCAGCCAGCCCGUGUUUUCUCAUGAGUUGAUAGGCAGUGCUUUUCACCUCUUAGUCUAGGCCAAUCUGAAAAUACUAUGAAAUUGUAGACUCUCAAGUAAGAAGGUAGCAGUUUUUUCUUAUUUUGUUGGUACUUUUGUCUUCUGUGCAAAACUUGCAGGUUUCCAAUCCAGGAAUGCUUUUUUUUUUCUCGGCAAAGUAGUCCAGGUAACGAGUCUCUUGGAUGUGCUUGGAGAUAAAUGUUCUGUGGUUCCUGUUGAAUUCAAGCCGUUCCUAAAAUAAAAUGUGUUUUUCAAAGCCC